CGGUUCAACUGAUUCACUGAAAAUAUCCGACUUAAAAGAAUCGCCUCCAGAGUCCAAAUCUCCAUCGCUUUUCAAAAGCAUCUAAACAAUGGCCACGAGGAAAUAUGUCCGUAGGUCAUUUCAGGAAAAAAAGCGUCUACUGGAGAAAUACGAUCAACUUCCUCCAAUGUCCCAUAGCGCUGCUGCACGUCUGCUAAACAUCUCAGGACCUCUGCUUUCUUUCUGGCUCCGGAAAAGGAAUAUUAAAACUGCCAAGUCUAAACUUCCUAGGACUGUCUUUCCAUCUCGCAAGACGCCUCGAGUAGAAGCUGCACUGUGGAAGUGGAUCGAUACUUGUCUUGGGAACGGUAUUACAGUCAAUGAUUUAAUGAUUCGUAAAAAAGCGACUCAAGUGGCUAAAGAAAUGGGUCUCUACAAUUUCAGGGCGAGCACAGAGUGGUUGACACGCUUUAAAACCCGGGAGGGAGUAAUACGACAGAUGUUUGACCGAAAAGACGCGCUAGGAGAGCCCAAAUCUUGCAAUACAGCGGCGGAGCGGUUUAAAGAGCAUAAGAAAGACCUCACAACUAGAAAGACGCAUCGAAUCGAAGCUGCACUGUGGCGGUGGAUCGAUUAUUCCCGAGAGAACGGUAUUAACGUAAAUGAAUCAACGAUUCGUUCAAAAGCGGCUCGGUUGGCCAGGACGGUGGGAUACCCUAACUUCAGGGCGAACACAGACUGGUUCACGCGCUUUAAAACCCGAGAGGGAGUAAUACGAGCGAUGUUCCAUGAUCGACCAGAAAAGCUUACAUCUGAAAAUAAGGCGGCGGUACCAAGGAUGGAUUUUACAUCUACAAAGAUGCAGCAAAUUGAAGGCGCGCUUUGGAGAUGGAUCGAUCGUUCUCAUGAGAACGGCAUUACAGUAAAUGAAUUAAUGAUUCGUUCAGAAGCGACUCGGUUGGCUAGGAUGAUGGGUUUCCCUGACUUCCGGUCAAGCGGAGACUGGUUCAGCCGCUUUAAAAUCCGGGAAAGAGUCGUACGCGGGAUGUUGCUGGUCGACCAGCCUUCAGAAAAUACACCAAGUGACCAAACCGAGGACGACAGUGCGUCCGAAAACGAGCGUGUAAUGCAACAAUCUGAUGAAGCCACAUCUACGAACCAAUCUAACUAUAAGAGCGAAGCACUAACGGAUCUGGACGUUCCAAAACUCGAUCCAACAGUGGUCACAGCUGAGCUCAAUGGCGAUUUACACACUGUCACUGUACCCUCACUGUGGCAAAUGAAGGAGGCUAUGAAAACACUAGCAACCGGUUUACUGUACAGAGGAUUCUGCGACUUUAAACUUCUUCAUCAGUUUGAAAAAGAGGUUGAUAAUGUUGUAAGAAGAUCUUUGACCCUAGGAUCAUAAAAUCCAUGUUUAAAUGCAUCUGUAUUGAAGUCUACAGUUGAUUUUUAGAGACUAGUAGUCCAGUAUGUAGCGUAAUAACGGGACACAAACGCGCUCUCUCAGAUGACCACAUGGGGGCGCCAAGUGUUUGUUAUAACACAUUCACCAAUAUUGGGGGAAUAAGUGAUUCCAUCAAGUGUUAAUUUUAAUCCACCUUUUAUUUUGUAGCAUGAAUGUGUAUUACAUUAUUAAGGUACUUAAUUUGUCCUUUGACUUGAAUUUUUGAACCUUGUUUUAAUGAUAUUCUUUAUUUUUUACAUAAAAGCAUUAAUAAAAAUACCAUGUUGCUGA